GCACCGCAGUUUUUUCAGAGACCCCUCGGGAGAUCAGAAUGACUGGUGCAACUGGAUUUGGUUUCCCAGUCGGGAAUCACGCUUUAUUAAAGGCAAUUGGCUGGGGUCGAAAUCACGGACCCAAGAAGCAAAACAAGCGGUAAGAGCAUUUUUGUCUUACUUUAACGAUGUGGAGGAGUAAUUGGAGAAAGCGGGACCUAACACGUGGACGAGUGACUGGCCGGAGCCCCGGUAUUCCAGGGGAUUCCUUCUCAACCACGGUUAAAUUAAUUUAUAAAAUGGUCCAGACUCUUCAUCACAUGAAAAUUUUGGAAAAACAGAUCCAACCACCGAAGGGAAUCAUGAAGCAGGCCCACACACUAACCAAAUUUGUUAGGCCUGCGAACCCUUCGCAAGAAACGCUUCCGCCUGAUGGUGUCCUGCUGUAACGACAGAUCAGACGUGGACAACACUCCGACCUGGUGGUGUUCUGCCGUAAUGAGAUGCCCCCUGUGGACAGCACUCCCACCUGAUGGUGUCCUGCCAUAACGACAGAUCAGAUGUGGACAAUACUCCCACCUGGUUGUGUCCUGGCGUAACUACAGACCCGUUGGGUACAACACUCACGACUGGUGCUGUCCUGCCGCAAUGACGGUUCGGCCGUGGACAAUACUUCCACCUGAUGGUGUCCUGUCAUAAUGACAAUAGACAAUAGGUGCAGAAGUAGACCAUUCGGCCCUUUGAGCCUGCACCGCCAUUUUGAGUUCAUGGCUGAUCAUCUACUAUCAAUACCCAGUUCCUGCCUUGUCCCCAUAUCCCUUGAUUCCCCUAUCCAUAAGAUACCUGUCUAGCUCCUUCUUGAAAGCAUCUAGAGAGUUGGCCUCCACUACCUUCCAAGGCAGCGCAUUCCAGACCCCCAACAACUCUCUGGGAGAAGAAGUUUUUCUUUAACUCUGCCCUAAAUGACCUACCCCUUAUUCUCAAACCAUGCCCGCUGGUACUGGACUCUCCAAGCAUCUGGAACAUAUUUCCUGCCUCUAUCUUGCCCAAUCCCUUAAUAAUCUUAUAUGUUUCAACCAGAUCCCCUCUCAAUCUCCUUAAUUCCAGCGUGUACAAGCCCAGUCUCCCUAACCUCUCUGCGUAAGACAGUCCAGACAUCCCAGGAAUUAACCUCGUGAAUCUACGCUGCACUUCCUCUGCAGCCAGGAUGUCCUUCCUUAACCCUGGAGACCAAAACUGUACACAAUACUCCAGGUGUGGUCUCACCAGGGGUCUGUACAAAUGCAAAAGGAUUUCCUUGUUCUUGUACUCAAUUCCCUUUGUAAUAAAGGCCAACAUUUCAUUACCCUUCUUCACUGCCUGCUGCACUUGCUCAUUCACCUUCAGUGGCUGAUGAACAAGGACUCCUAGAUCUCUUUGUAUUUCUCCCUUACCUAACUCUACACCAAUCAGAUAAUAAUCUGCCUUCCUGUUCUUACUCCCAAAGUGGAUAACCUCACACUUAUUCACAUUAAAUGUCAUCUGCCAAGUAUCUGCCCACUCACUCAGCCUAUCCAAGUCACCCUGAAUUCUCCUAACAUCCACAUCACAUGUUACACUGCCACCCAGCUUAGUAUCAUCAGCAAAUUUGCUGAUGUUAUUCUCAAUGCCUUUAUCUAAAUCGUUGACGUAAAUUGUAAACAGCUGUGGUCCCAAUACCGAGCCCUGUGGCACCCCACUAGUCACCACCUGCCAUUCCGAGAAACACCCAUUCACCGCUACCCUUUGCUUUCUACCUGCCAACCAGCUUUCUAUCCAUGUCAAUGUCUUCCCCCCGAUGGCCUGAGCUUUGAUUUCACCCACCAAUCUCCUAUGUGGGACCUUAUCAAAUGCCUUCUGAAAAUUGAGGUACACUACAUCCACUGGAUCUCACCCAUCUAACUUCCUGGUUACAUCCUCGAAAGACUCCCAACAGAUUAGUCAAGCAUGAUUUACCCUUGGUAAACUUCCAUGCUGGCUCGGCCCAAUCCUAUCACUGCUAACUAGGUAUGCCACUAUUUCAUCCUUAAUAAUGGACUCUAGCAUCUUCCCCACCACCGAUGUCAGGCUGACAGGUUGAUAGUUCUCUGUUUUCUCCCUCCCUCCUUUCUUAAAAAGUGGGUUAACAUUAGCCAUUCUCCAAUCCUCAGGAACUGAUCCUGAAUCUAAGGAACAUUGGAAAAUGAUUACCAAUGCAUCCACAAUUUCCAGGGCCACCUCCUUUAGUACCCUAGGAUGCAGACCAUCUGGACCUGGGGAUUUGUCAGCUUUCAGUCCCAUCAGUCUACUCAUCACCAUUUCCUUCCUAAUGUCAAUCUGUUUCAUUUCCUCUGUUACCCUAUGUCCUUGGCCCAUCCAUACAUCUGGGAGAUUGCUUGUGUCUUCCUUAGUGAAAACAGAUUAAAUUCUUCUGCCAUUUCUCUGUUUCCCAUAACAAUUUCACCCAAUUCAUUCUUCAAGGACCCAACAGUGUUCUUAACUAUCUUCUUUCUCUUCACAUACCUAAAAAAGCUUUUGCUAUCUUCCUUUAUAUUCCUGGCUAGCUUGCAUUCGUACCUCUUUUUUUCUCCCCAUAUUGCCUUUUUAGUUAAGUUCUGUUGUUCCUUAAAAGCUUCCCAAUCAUCUGUUCUCCCACUCACCUUAGCUUUGUCAUACUUCCUUUUUUUUACUGCUAUGCAAUCUCUGACUUCCUUUGUCAACCACUGUGGCCCCUUUCCCCCGUUGAAUCCUUCCUUCUCUGGGAGAUGAACUGAUUUUGCACCUUGUGCAUUAUUCCCAAGAAUACCUGCCAUUGCUGUUCCACUGUCUUUUCUGCUAGGCUCUCCGUCCAGUCAACUUUGGCUAGCUCCUCCCUCAUGGCUCCAUAGUUUCCCCUGUUCAGUUGACACUCCAAAUCCUUCUCAAAUUGCAGAUAAAAACUUAUCAUAUUAUGAUCUCUACCUCCUAAUGGCUCCUUUACUGCAAGAUCGCUUAUCAAAUCCUGUUCAUUACAUAACACUAAAUCCAGAAUAGCCUUGUCCCUGGUCGGCUCUCGUACAAGCUGUUCCAAGAAUGCAUCCCGUAGGCACUCUACAAACUCCCUAUCCUGUGGUUCAGCACCUACCUGAUACUCCCAGUUCACCUGCAUGUUGAAAUCCCCCAUAACUACUGCAACAUUACCUUUGCCACAUGCCAAUGUGAACUCCCUAUUCAACUUGCACCCAAUAUCCAUGCUACUGUUUGGUGGCCUGUAGACAACACACAUUUGGGUCCUUUUGCCCUUACUGUUCCUCAGUUCUACCCACACAGACUCUACUUCUCCUGACCCUAUGUCCCCCCUUGCGAAGGACUGAAUCUCAUUCCUUACCAACAGGGCCACCCCACCCCCUCUGCCCACAUUUCUGUCCCUAUGAUAGCACGUAUACCCUUGUACAUUCAUUUCCCAGGUCUGAUCUCCCUGCAGCCAUGUCUCUGUUAUCCCACCAACAUCAUAGUUAGCCAUUCGCACCUGAGCUUCAAGCUCAUCCACUUUAUUUCUGACACUUAGUGCAUUCCGAUAUAGAAUUUUUAGCCCAUUUCUCCUUUCUCUGUUUGAACCGCUGCCUAUUGUGCUUAACCCAGCUCCCUGAACUCCCAAAGGGCUAUACGCCCCUAGAAUUUUGUUGUCCUUCCUAAAUUUUCUUAUUCUUUCAACACAUUUAACUUCAUGUUCCGUCAGACCAUCCCUCUGUACAUGUGUCCUCCUUAUCACUUGUUCCGCCUCACCUUUCUCUACUACACACGUAAUAUUCUGGAACCGUGUAGUCUCCACCCAUCCUUUAUUCUUCCCCUCACUAUCCUCUCUCACAUUCUGGAUCCCCGCCCCUUGCAAAUUUAGUUUAAACCCUCCCAAGAAGCACUAGCAAACUUCCCUGCAAGAAUGUUAGUACCACUCCAGAUCAGGUGUAAACCGUCCCUUCGGAACAGAUCCCACCUUCCCUGGAACAAAGCCCAAUUAUCUACAAACCUGAAGCCCUUCCUCCUGCACCAUCCUCUCAGCCACGUAUUAAUCUUUAUAAUCUUUCUGUUCCUUGCCUCACUCGCACGUGGCACAGGUAGCAAUCCGGAGAUUGUUACCCUGGAGGUCCUGCUCUUCAGCUUCGAACCUAACUCCCUGAACUCCCUACGCAGGACCCCCUCACUCAUCCAACCCAUGUCAUUGGUCCCUACAUGGACCACAACAUCUGGAUUCUUGCCCUCCCUCUCGAGAAUAACCUGCACCCGAUCUGAGAUGUCUCGGACCCCGGCACCAGGGAAGCAACAUACCAUCUGAGACUCCCGACCUUCCCCACAAAAUCUCCUAUCUGCCCCCCGACUAUAGAAUCCCCUAUCAAUACCGCUCUCUUCUCUUCCCUCCUCCCCUUCCUAGUCGAGGGUCCAAGCUCAGUGCCAGAGACAGGACCACUGCAGCUUGUUCCUGGUAGGUCAUCCCCACCAACAGUAUCCAAAACGGUACACUUAUUUUUGAUGGGAACGGCCACAGGGGUACUCUUCUCUCUCUGUCUGCUCCCCCUGCCUCUCUUGUCUAUCACCCAUUUGCCUACCUCCUGUCUUUUCGGUGUGACUACCUCCUGAUAACUCUUAUCUAUCUCUGCCUCUGCCUCCCGAAUGAUCCGUAGUUCAUCCAGCUCCUGCUCCAAUUCCCUAACUCGGUCUGAUAGGAGCUGCAGCUGGAUGCACCUAUUGCAGGUGUGGUCAUCAGGGACAACUGUGUUGACCCUGACCUCCCACAUACUGCAUACGGAGCACACCACUGCUCUAACUGUCUCCCCCAUUACCUGAUCCCAGAUUAGUCAGAAUAAAUGAAAAGCACGUACUCAGACUCACUGAUUUCUUCUUGCCGAAGUUCUCUUGCGCCGAAGCCCGCUGAGCCAAAGCCCAGCACUCUGCUCCUGCCCACUCCGCUGCCCGCUCCUGAAAGUGGGCCGCUUUUUAAAGCCCGCGCUCGUCGCUGACGUCAUCCGCGCUUGCGCAGCUUUACCUUCCUCCUCAGGUACUCUCCAGGUAGGUCCAAGGGUCUCGGCCUACCUACAACGGCUGAUCCUCCGAUCUCCAGUCGUCUGUCGAUCACGAGCACUCCUUACUCCCACUCCGCUGCCCGCACUGACGCACCGAUGACAGAUCAGAUGUGGAUGUCAGUUUUGUCCUGCCGCAAUGACAGGACCGCCGUGGACAACAUUUCAGCUGGUGGUGUCCAGCUGUAACAGCAGAUCCACUGUGGACAACACUUCCACUGGUGCUGUCCCGCCUUAAUGACAGGUCCCGUCUGGACAUUACUCCUACCUAGUGGAGACCUGUUGCAAUGACAGGUCCGCUGUCCACAACACUCCAAACUGGUGGUGUCCUGCCGUAUUGAGAUGCCCCCUGUGUACAACACUCCCACCUGCUGGUGUACUGCCAUAACAACAGAUCAGAUGUGGUCAACACUCCCUGCUAAUGGUGCCUUGCCGCAAUGACAGUUCCACUGCGGACAACACUCCCAUCUGGUGGUGUCCUGUUACAAUGACAGCUCCGGUGAGGACAGCACUCCCACCUGGUGGUGCCCUGCCACAAUGACAUGUGCGCUGCGUAUAACAUUCCCACUUGGAAGUGUCUUGCCGCGAUGUCAGUUUUGGUGUGGACAACACUCCCACCUGCUGGUGUCCUGCCAGAGGAACUGAUCUCUUGCAGAAAACAUUCAAACCUUGUGGUGCCUUCUGGAAUGACAGUCUGGCUGUGUACAAUACUUUGACCUGCUGGUGUCUUGCCGCAAGGACAAAUUCCUUGUAGUCAACACUCCACCUUGUGGUGUCCUGCCUCAACGACAGUUCAGCUGUGGACAAUACUCCCACCUGGUUGUGUCCUGCCGUAACUACAGAUCCGCUGGGUCCAACGCUCGCAACUGGUGGCGUCCUGCCGCAAUGACAGUUCCGCUGUUGACAACACUCCCACCUCGUGCUGUCCUGCUGCAAUGACAGUUCAGCCGUGGACAAUACUUCCACCUGAUGGUGUCCUGCCGUAACGACAGAUCAGAUGUGGACAACACUCCAACCUGGUGGUGUCCUGCCGUAACGACAGAUCAGAUGUGGACAACACUCCAACCUGGUGGUGUCCUGCCACAAUGGCCGAUCAGAUGUGGACAAUACUCCCACCUGGUGGUGUCAUGCCAUAACAACAGACCUCUGCCUGCCUGUCCCCCUGCUGAUGUACCUGACAGCCGCCCUGAUAUCUCAGGUAUCCGCCUUCCCACUUGCUGAAUCUUCGGGAGAUUCUGAUGACCUUUUCGAAACGAGCCAAGUUUUAAGAGAGCCGAAUCUGGAAUUCCUCGCCCUGCACAUCCGGAGUGUUGCCGUAGAACUGCGCGACCGGCAGUUGUGUGAUUUUUUUUCCCUGUGUGAUGGGAGUAUGAGUUUGCUGCAGAUGUACAACAUGCAGCUGCCACAACUUACGCAAGGUGACCGAUGUUACAGGAGGUCCUUCCGAAAGAAAACAUGCUUGACAAAGAUUGUCAAGAGCCUUUAUGAGUACAAAAGCUAUCUACAAUUUGUAAAGCAAGGUACUGAAAAUGAGAAACACCAAGUGGACUCAAUGCUGAUGAGCAUGGAAAAUUUAGCUGAUUUACUCCAGAGCAAAAUUCAUCAGCAGCAUGAGGAGGUUUUUAUCCCAGACAUGCUGUCUAAGAGUGUCUGGAAUAAACAAGUGAAAAUUCAUGUGAUUCUUAGAAAUUUUGCACUUUUUAUGGAGAGUACAAUUCGUGCCAUCCGAUUCAUAAAAUGAAUCCUUACAGCUGUUUCACUUUAACAGUCACACUCUGACUGAAUAUUCUAGUUCACAUGCGUUCUUGUGUAUGGUAUGCUUUCAGAACAGAGAGCUAUGUAGUUCUGUAUUCAGAAUGAGAAAUUUUCUUUCUAAUUCAGUUCUGUGAAACUGCAAGUUUUAUUUUUACUGGAGUAUUUAUCCAUUUAUUUAUUUAUUUAUUUGUUUAUUUAUUGAGUCUAUGGUUCUACUGAUGCUCAAAAUUCCAGUUCAUUGUUUGGCUGUGAAGUUAAUAAAUCACUGUCUUUUAUUCUGUGCUAAGGACUGCAGCAGGCAUCACAUAGUCAUGAUAAUUUAUUACACUAUAUUUAAAUCAGUGGUUAAAUUAAUCAUUAAAUUAAAUUAAUUGGAGUACUUUUAUUAAUUUAUUUUACCUGUAUCUUCAAUGGGACAAGUAUUCUAUG